AAGUAUAAAACGUAAUGAAAGAUUUCUUCACAAUUUAUGAAUGGUGUUAAAGAAUUGUUUUCAACGAUAUAGCUUUAUUGCAAAUACUGUAACUUUCACCACUUUAUUUGGACUUGGUGACUUUGUUGAGCAGCAAAGAGAGCGUUAUUAUGAUAAACUAACAGACAAAACAAGUCAUUUGAAGCCAUAUAAUUUUCGACGAACAUUGAACAUAACAGUUGUUGGAGCUUUGAUGAGUCCAAUUGUUCAUUAUUGGUACUUGGGUUUAGAUCGAUUUAUCGUUGGUAAUAUUCAUUCUGUAGUUGUGAGAAAGGUUCUUGGUGAUGAAAUAAUUAUGUCACCAGCUUUUGCUUCAACAUUUUUGGGCGGAAUGGCAAAAAUGGAGGGAAAAUCUAAUUUAAAUUGUUGGAAGGAAAUAAAACUAAAGUUCUGGCCUAUGUAUAAGAUGGAUCUAAUGAUAUGGCCUGCAGCACAAACUGUAAAUUUUUAUCUAGUUCCAUCACCAUAUCGAGUGGCGUAUAUCAGUUUUGUUGCUUUGAUUUGGAAUAUAUAUUUAUCGCAUAUUAGUUAUAAGGGAGAAAGAGAAUUUUGCAAAAACAUGUAGAAUUUUACUGCAUUAACGUAAAUUUUAAAUUUUAUAAUGUGUUAAAGUACAUAUACGUAUUUCCUGUAAUGUUUUUACGCAUUUCAAUUGAUCAUAAAAGUUUGAAAAUUAUGUUGAUAUAGUCGAAUAGUUUUUUGAGAAAUAUGAAAUUCAUAAAACUGUCAUGUCGAGGGCCCUCAUAAACUAGUUCACUGUUAUGUCGUCUAAAAUACAACAACAAUUUUUGUAAAUAAAUGGUAAAACUACAUUUUUCAAUAAAAUUUGUUGUCCAAAGACCCAACGAAA